AUGUUCCCUGUUUUUGUUGGUUUUGUUUGUUUAUCAGGAAUUGUUUAAUGCAGUUCUGAUUAUAAUGUUAUUAUUGUAAGAAUAGUGGUUUUAUUGUAAUGGCUGAUCUGUUCUCAGGGGUUCCAGCUGUGUGUGAAUGAAGAAGAGUAAAUGAUGGAUCCUCAGAACUCCAGCAGUGGAGGAGGAGCCUCUGUCCUAAAGGAGAAGAGAGGAGCAUCUCCAGCCCCCAGUGGAGUGUCUAUGAAGAGUGAUCAGUCCAUGGAUCCUCCUCUAAUGUUCAGCAGUGGAGGAGGAAGCUCUGGGUCUCGAACUGAAACCCAGAGAGGAGCUUCUCCAGAACCCAGUGGAGUGUCUAUGAAGAGUGAUCAGUCCAUGGGUCUUCCUCCAGAGUUCAGUGAUGAAGUCGUGACCUCUGACCCACAAGAGAAGAGAAAAAACAUUAUCUGGGAAAACCUGGACAAUAUAUUCAAGGAGCUGCAGCAGAAGUUUAUCUCUAUAGUGAAGAACGAGCUGAACACAUUCAAGAAGCUCCUGAGUCCAGAUUACCCAGCAUGCUCUGAGAGAGAAGUGGAGGAUGAUCAGAGGGAGGGGGUGCUGAAGAUCACACUGCACAUCCUGAAGAACAUGAAGCAGACAGACCUCGCCAACACACUAGAGAGCCAAUUGGCCCCAGCAUGUCAACAAAAGCUCAAAUCCAAACUGAGGGAAAAAUAUCAGAGAAUUAAUGAAGGAAUCUCAGCUCAGGUAAAGUCAGCACUUCUGAAUGAGAUCUACACAGAGCUCUUCAUCACAGAGGGAGGAGGUGGAGACAUCAAUCAGGAACAUGAGGUGAAGCAGAUUGAAGCUGCAUCCAGGAAAAGGCCAACAGAGGAAAGACCAAUCAAAUGUAACGACAUUUUUAAACCCUUACCAGAACAGAACCAGCCCAUCAAAACUGUACUGACUAAAGGAGUUGCUGGAAUUGGAAAAACAGUCUCAGUGCAGAAGUUCAUUCUGGACUGGACUGUAGGAGAAGUAAAUCAGGAUGUUCUCUUCAUAUUUCCACUUCCUUUUAGAGAACUGAAUCUGAUGAAGGAGACGAAGCUCAGUCUGGUGAAUCUUCUUCAGCGCUUCUUCCCAGAAACACAAGAUUUAAAACCAAGACAUUAUAAGAGCUAUAAGAUCAUGUUCAUCUUUGAUGGUCUGGAUGAGUGUCGACUUCCUCUGGAUUUCCAGAACAAUGAGAACUUGGUGGAAAUAGAAGAGCAAACCUCAGUGGAUGUUCUGCUGACGAACCUCAUCAAGGGGAAUCUGCUUCCCUCUGCUCUCCUCUGGAUCACCUCUCGACCAGCAGCGGUCAGUCAGAUCCCUCCUGAGUGUGUUCACCAGGUAACAGAAGUGCGGGGUUUCAGUGACCCUCAGAAAGAGGAGUACUUCAAGAAGAGGAUCAGGGAUGAGGACCUGGCCAACAAAGUCUUCUCACACAUCAGGUCUUCAAGAAGCCUCUACAUCAUGUGCCACAUACCGGUCUUCUGCUGGAUUACAGCCACUGUUCUAGAGAGAAUGCUGAGUGAAGCUGAGGGUGGAGAAACCCCCAAAACCCUGACGCAGAUGUUCACACGCUUCCUGAUCUUUCAGAUCAAACACAAGAGCCAGAAGUACAGUGGGAAAAGUGAAACUGAUCCUCAGCAGACUAGAGAAAGUAUCCUGGCUCUGGGGAAACUGGCGUUCCAGCAGCUGGAGAAAGGAAACCUGAUUUUCUAUGAGGAAGAUCUAAGAGAGAGUGGCAUCGAUACUAGAGAAGUAUCAGUGUACUCAGGAGUGUGUACCCAGAUCUUCAGACAGGAACAUGAACUGCUGGACCUGGGGAAGGUCUUCAGCUUUGUACAUCUGAGUAUUCAGGAGUUCCUCGCUGCUUUAUAUGCAUUUCUCUAUUUCAACACUAAGGAUCGGAAUAUGCAAACCACAGAACAGCAAACCACUGGACUAUCUGAGCUUUUCAGCAGGAAAUCGAUGAAUGACUUCCUCAGCAGUGCCGUGGAUAAAGCCUUACAGAGUGAGAGUGGACAUCUGGACCUGUUCCUUCGCUUCCUUCUGGGUCUCUCACUGGAGUCUAAUCAGACUCUGUUACGAUUCAUACUGACACAGAAAGAGAAGAGCUCUCACAGCAAUGAGGAAACAGUCAAAUACAUCAAGAAGAAGAUUGAGGAGAACUCAUCUCCAGAGAAAUCCAUCAAUCUGUUCCACUGUCUGAAUGAACUGGAUGAUCAUUCUCUAGUGCAGGAAGUGCAGAAAUACCUGAGUGGAGGUGAUCGUCUUCAUCAGGCCAGACUCUCUCCUGCUCAGUGGUCAGCUCUGGCGUUUGUGUUGGUGAAUUCAGAAGAAGAGCUGAAGGAGUUUAACCUCAGUAAAUAUGAUCCAUCAGAGAAGUGUUUUCUGAGGCUGCUGCCAGUAGUUAAAAUAUCCAAAAGAGCUUUACUAGCUUCAUGUAAUCUUGGAGUAAGGACGUGUGAAAGUCUGGAAUCAGUUUUAAAGCUGGAAAACCCCUCACUGAUAGAACUGGACCUCAGUAACAACAACCUGCAGGAUUCAGGAGUGGAGCUGCUCUCUGCUGGACUAAAGAGUUCACACUGUAAACUGCAGACUCUCAGAUUAGCUUUGUGUAAUCUUCAAUUGAAGAUGUGUGAAACUUUGGCAUCAGUUUUAAAGUUGGAAAACUCCUCCCUGAAAGAGCUGGAUCUCAGUAACAAUGAUCUGCAGGAUUCAGGAGUGGAGCUGCUCUCUGCUGGACUGGAGAGUUUAGACUGUAAACUGCAGAUUCUCAGGUGAGUUGGUUCAGUUUGAAAUUAUAAGUGUUAAAAUAUGUUAUUUAAAGCUUUAACGAGAUACUUAUAUAUCAAAUCACACAAUAGGAAGCUUCUACUCAAGGCCAGAGUACACCAGUCAAUCAAAUGUGAACUCUGUUUGCAGUCAUCUUUAGGAUGUCCAUACUAAUAUAUUUUUUAAGUAGGCACACACUAAUCACAAAUGUUUUGAAGAAAAUCAUUAAUUUACUUGCAGAUGCUCU